AAUUUGCCCUUAUCACGGAUGGACGCGGUAGACAGGUGACUGGCUCCAGCCAAAAAAGAACACGUGUUUGAUAUGCAAGCCUAACAAUAUGAGCCAUGCCAUUUAAAAUGACUUUGCAAGCAAGUAGCAGAUGCUAUCAGUCUGGCAUUACAUGUUUGGUAAUGCAUAUUCUUGUUCACUGUAUCCCUAAACCAUUUUCGUAGCUCCCUCCAUCCUCCUUUCCGAAAAGAGAAACCACCCAUUCAAUUUAAUUGACGCUGAAUCAGACGAACCGACGAAUACGCCGCUUCUCAGCUCCGGGACGCCAGGUGAGGGGACCGCCAAUGACACAGCCGAGGAGGGCGGAUGCUGUGGAAGCUUGACGUCACACCCUGGAAGCGAUAGGGGGAGUGACUUAUGCUUGUGGUGCAACAGAGAAUGACAAGAGGAGGAUGAGAGAGAAACAGACAGCCAGACGGAGAGGCUUUCUGUACCAAUAGGAAAUACAUAAGGCUUUCCUUAAAGGACGUGGGAAUUAAACAACAAGGAUGAGAAGCAAUGACUGAAUGUACGACGAUUGGCGACCUGUCCAGACUGUAUUCCCGCCUCUCGCCCAAUGCACUCUGGGAUAGGCUCCAGCCACCCCUGCGACCCUGACCAGGAUAAGCAGGUGGGGCUUCAGAGGGUGUGCCUACCCACAGGAGGUUCUGAUCUCAUGUGGACUCAUGUGCCUUUGUGAAGCCGGAGAAUUUGUCCCUCACCCCAAAUAACCUAUGGCCUCCUAGUUGCCAUCGCUCCUGAACUUCGCUCUCUUGCGGGUGAAACCAUGGACUAAAGUAACUGACUGACAUGAGCGUGCCAAUAUCAAGGCUGUCGCAGAACUUCACAGUGAACACAAGGAAAAUGACAGCUUGAAGCCAGUCUGGCGACCACGGAGCCUUUCGCUGCGGUCUGGGCAGCGCACCCACAUGAUCACAUGACUCUGGACAUGGACGCGGUCCUGUCGGACUUUGUUCGGUCCACAGGAGCCGAACCUGGUCUGGCACGAGACCUGCUGGAAGGUAAGAACUGGGACCUGAGCGCGGCACUCAGCGACUUCGAACAGCUGCGGCAGGUGCACACCGUCAACCUGCCGCGGGUCUUCAAUGAGGGCCGCUACUACAAGCAGCCGGAGCGGGACACGCCCCAACACCUCAGCAAAAUCGGGCGGUCGUGCCAGCCAAAGCAGGAGGACAAUGCUCAAGAGAAGCGCCUGUCUCGGGGCAUCUCCCACGCCAGCUCAGCCAUCGUGUCCCUGGCGCGCUCGCACGUGGCCAGCGAGUGCAACAGCGAGCAGCUGCCCCUGGAGAUGCCCAUCUACACCUUCCAGCUGCCCGACCUCAGCGUGUACAGCGAGGACUUCCGCAGCUUCAUCGAGAAGGACCUCAUCGAGCAGUCCACCAUGACGGCUCUGGAGCAAGCCGGGCGUCUGAACUGGUGGUCCACCAUGUGUACCAGCUGCAAACGUCUGCUCCCAUUGGCCACCACAGGGGAUGGGAACUGCCUACUGCACGCGGCCUCUUUAGGGAUGUGGGGUUUCCAUGACAGGGACUUGGUGCUGAGGAAGUCUCUGUACGCGAUGAUGAAGAGUGGGGCGGAGAGAGAGGCUCUGAAGAGGAGGUGGAGAUGGCAGCAGACACAGCAGAACAAGGAGUCGGGACUAGUGUACACAGAAGAGGAAUGGGAGAAAGAGUGGAACGAGCUUCUGAAACUUGCCUCCAGUGAGCCACGUACAAACUUCAGCAAAAACGGAAACACCAGUGGGGGGGUGGAUGGCUCAGAGGAUCCCGUGUAUGAGAGCCUGGAGGAGUUCCACGUGUUCGUCCUGGCCCACGUCCUGCGCAGGCCCAUCGUGGUGGUGGCCGACACCGUGCUCCGAGACUCUGGGGGAGAAGCGUUUGCUCCCAUCCCAUUUGGAGGCCUAUACCUGCCACUGGAGGUUCCCCCAAACCGCUGCCACUGUUCCCCACUGGUUCUGGCCUAUGAUCAGGCACACUUCUCCGCUCUGGUGUCCAUGGAGCAGAAGGACCAACAUCGAGAACAAGCCAUCAUCCCGCUGACUGACUCAGAGCACAGGCUGCUUUCCCUCCACUUUGCCGUGGACCCAGGCAGGGACUGGGACUGGGGGCAGGACGACAACGACAACGGCAAACUCGCCAAUUUGAUCCUGUCCUUGGAAGCGAAAUUAAACCUUCUGCACAGCUACAUGAAUGUAACAUGGAUACGAAUCCCAUCUGAAACAAGGGCCCCCCUGGCUCAGCCUGAGUCUCCCACUGCCUCAGCAGGAGAGGACGUGCAGUCCCUGGCCGACUCCAUGGACUCGGACCGCGAGUCCGUCUGCAGCAACUCCAACGUCAACGGCGGCAAGCCGGGCAAGGAGAAGGACAAGGACAAGCUGCGCAAGGACAAGGACAAGAACCGUACGGACUCUGUGGCCAACAAGCUGGGGAGCCUCAGCAAGUCCCUGGGGAUCAAGCUGAAGAAGAACAUGGGGGGGCUGGGAGGGCUGGUCCACGGAAAGAUCAGCAAGUCCAACUCCGUCAAUGGCCGCAGCACUGAGAAUGGGGAAGCCAAGGCCAAGAAGAAGGACCCCAAACCCCGUAAAGGCAGCAAGGAGGACUCGGGGCAGUCUGCCAGCACCUCGUCAUCCGAGAAGGCCACCAGCCCCUCCCCUGUCGACAGGGCCUCGGGUGCCUCGCCCGUUGAGAAGCCAGGUGCCCCGGGCAAGCCCUCCAGCGACCGGGCCUCCGAAAACUGGAAGUACAGCACGGAUGUCAAGCUGAGCGUCAACAUCCUGCGGGCGGCCAUGCAGGGUGAGAGGAAGUUCAUCUUCGGUGGCCUGCUGCUGACCAGCCACCGCCACCAGUUCCACGAGGAGAUGAUCAGCUUCUACCUGAGCAGCGCCCAGGAGCGCUUCAGUGCCGAGCAGGAGCAGAAGAGGAAGGAGGCGGAGAAGAAGCCCUCAUCCAACGGUGUGACCUUGAAAAAGCCUGAGCAGGAGAGCGCCUUCCAGAAGGAGAGGUCAGACAGGUCAGACAGCUCGCCCAACGAGGGCUGCUCCCCAGUCCUGCACCAAAGCCGCAGCUCCCAGCUGGUCCUGAAGGUCCAGGGGCGGCAGAGUCCUACGCCUGCCCCCUUCUCCUCCCCCGGUGUCAAGAGGGUAGGCCCUGUACCCGUGUCCGCCCAUUACAGCCAUACACCGCCCGUGCAGAGGCACAGCGUUAUUCACCUGCGGGAUAUGAACUUGCAGCCCUCCAGCUUGCGGGAGGAGCCGUACCGGCCCGUAGUAGGCACCCUAAAGACCUGUGCCACCUACCCGCAGCAGAACCGUACCCUGUCCUCCCACAGCUAUAGCCCUGCCCGCCUGCCAGGGGUUCGAAGCAUUGCGGUGGACACGGCGCAGUCCCUCGUCUAUGGCACGCCCGGUGGGCACAAGUCGCAUACUUACACCAACGGUUUCGGCACCGCCGAUAUCCGGGACUGCCUGGAGUUUGCCGACGAGGAUUCCCCGCGAGUCCGCCCCAACCACGAACGAAUGAAAGGCCGAAGCACGGGGUGCAAUCCCUACUGCGCCCAGCAGGAGCAGUGCAAGAGGGAGAACUGCUCCUUCUAUGGCCGGCCAGAGACUGAAAACUUUUGCUCCUACUGCUAUAAGGAGGAGCUGAAACGCAGGGAGAGGGAGGGAAAGGUGCACAGGCCUGGAUAGCCCAGGGUCAAUGCGGACACGACUGCCGCAGGUGACCACCCAGCCCCAGAAACACUCCUAGAUGCCACAUUGAGAGGAUGCUGGAACAAGAAAUUUCCUCUGUGCUUUGAGAAUCACACAAAGUCACAUUUGAGGUUGCUAAAGGACAGACUCCCUGCUCCCCGUCAAUGAACUGCAUUUCCUCAUGUAAUUGUUACAAUAUCUUUCUAUUAGUACGAGUGGACAAUGGAACUUGACAGUAAAUUAAACUGAAAUGAGUUUACAGCUUUGGCCAGAGACAUUGCUUUAGUCACACAGUUUUAUUAAUUGAAGUGAAAUAUUGUUUUUCAUGUCAUGCCAGUAGGCACAUAUAGAUUCCCUGUUUCAACAGAGACAGAAGUGAAGCUUAAUUUUGCAGAUUGCGAACCUAAGCAAAGAAAUUACUUGAACAGUACUGUUUUUAAGCAUUUUAAUAUAAUACAUAAUUUAUUCACUUUAUUUAUUAUUUAUAAAAUGAUGGAUUUUUAUGGUGCAAAAUUACAUAUGGUGAAUUACGUAGGGAGACAAACAUGCUAGUACCACGAUUGACUUUUUAAAAGCAAUAAGUUUCUCAGUGUGAGAAAACUGUAUUGAAACCUUCCUUAAAUUGAGCUAUGCAUCUAUUAUAUUGGUUAAUAGUGGUCAAUAGUACUUUCUUAUUACAAGAGAUUGCCUCCUGUGUCUAACAGAGCUGUGUAGCCAAGUACAUCACUUUGUAUGAUAGAAAUCCAGAAACACUACAAGCUCUCACAGUUGUGUUACUAAACUGCCCUCUGAUGGCUUGAGGUAGGUUAAUAAUAAUCAAUGAAAGGAAUAAGUAAAACUUCAUGAUUAUUGAAAAUAAUAAGAAUCCCUACAAAAACCUUUUAAGUCCUUCUGGUUUGUCCUCAUAACACUACAAGAAGUUGACAGUAAUGUAGAGGGAAAAUGAAGUGAAGUUAUAAAAUACAUACACUCUGUGUCGCAGUUCCAUUAUGGAGUAUGGCUUUAUCAUUUGGAAAGAAUGGCCACUGGCAGACUGUCAGGUCCAUCAGGGUAUUGUCCGCAGUAUUCCAUGGGCUAGCACGACCAUUGCUAAUGCUUUGGUGUGCCAUAAUAAUAAGCCUCGUUCUAUUAAGCCUCGUUCUAUUGAUGUCUACCCUGCUUACUCAUUGUACAGCAUGCCUGUGUGUAUAUGCUACUGUAUAAUGGUUGAGCUAGGUUUUGUGUGCAUGAGUGGGUGGGUGAGGGUGCAUUGUUGAGGGCCCUGUCUCUGACCCCACAGUAUGCUACUGGAAAUGGCUAAGACCUGAACCACAACUGACCCACAGAAAGAGCAGGAGCUAGGGCAAAUGGAAGGUUAAGCCCAUUUGUUCUGUGCUGGACAGCAGUUUAAUUCAUAAUCAUAAUUCAGAUUGUAGGAUAGAGCUGACAUUUCAACACAUUUUGGUGAGUGUAACUUUACCCAAAAUGUAGCUACUGAGGAGUACUGUAGGACAGUUAACUUUUCUCCUUUACGCUGGCUAAUGCUUUAUUUUUCUGAGCACUGCUACUCAGUUUUCACUCCUGUGUGUAUUCACUGCAAGUUAACACACAUAAAUCACCAUGAAUGCUUCAUGGCAUGAACUCCACAAUUAAAAAACUCAAUUUUUCAAAUUUGUCAAAAUAGUGGACAGAAGAUUUGGUUGCCAUGGAGCCAUAAAACUGGGCUAUCAAACCCAUUCAAUUAUUUUGUAAUGAAGGCUUUGUCCACACACACACACACACACACAAUCCUGAUAACCUUCUUAAAUGCAUUUUAUAAAUAAAGAAAAAAAUCUACCAUAGUAAGGUAAUUUCUGUUUUUGUAAUAUUUCUGAAUUGCCAAAUAGUCUCUUGGCCAAGGAUGUCUGCUGCUAUUUCAGUUGAGUUCAGGUUUCUACUAAACAUUUUGCAUUCCACUUCUUCCCUAUUUCUAUGUACAGUAACAGGUUCAUGGACUGUCACCAUUAGAAAUGUAAAAUAUUAUUUUUUAUUCAUUUGAGUUUUACACUUCUUUAAAUGAUUAAUUUGCACAUUAGGUACAGAUGUAAAUAUUAAAAAAGAAUUACAACAAAGAUUAGUUUAUUGUUAAACAAGCUGUGUGUGUGUGGUUUUUGUAUGUUUGUGAACUACUGAAUUUACAAGCCAAUGUUAAUCUGUAAAAUAGAAAAAAAUAUAAUAUAAUUGAAUAUUAUUUCCACAAAAUUCCAUGAAGCAAUA